AUGUGGAAAUCAAAUCGGUGCAAAGGUAAGCAAUAUAUAUUUACACUCAUUUCUCAGUUCUGGGAAGUGAUCUCAGAUGAACACGGAAUCGACCCAACUGGCACUUAUCAUGGAGAUUCCGAUCUACAACUAGAACGCAUCAACGUAUAUUACAAUGAAGCAACCGGUGGAAAGUAUGUGCCUCGUGCCAUUCUCGUCGAUCUGGAACCUGGUACGAUGGACAGUGUGCGUGCCGGUCCAUUCGGACAACUGUUCAGACCAGACAACUUCGUGUUUGGACAGAGUGGUGCUGGAAACAACUGGGCCAAAGGACACUACACUGAAGGUGCAGAGUUGGUCGACUCAGUUCUCGAUGUUGUACGCAAGGAGGCUGAAUCGUGUGAUUGUCUACAAGGCUUCCAACUCACCCACUCUCUAGGAGGUGGAACAGGUUCCGGAAUGGGAACACUACUCAUCUCGAAGAUUCGUGAGGAGUAUCCAGACCGCAUCAUGAACACAUUCUCAGUGGUCCCUUCACCUAAGGUAACACAACUUACCACUAAACAUUUUUUCAGGUCUCCGACACAGUCGUCGAACCAUACAACGCCACACUCUCUGUUCACCAACUCGUUGAGAACACCGACGAAACAUACUGCAUUGACAACGAAGCACUCUACGACAUAUGCUUCCGUACUCUGA